ACAACUCCUACACCCAGGCUCGCAUCCCCGAUGCCCUUUCUCUCUGCGUUCCGUCCACGCUUCUCAAGCGCCCAAACUUUCCUCUCGCCCGGUUAGCGGAUAUGCUCCCGACCACCGCCGCUCGGGACAAGUUCUCCAGGUGGCACCAGGCGUCCAGAAUUCUCGUCUAUGACGCAGACUCCGCCGCACUCCCUCCCACAAGCAACCUCCUCGGCCUCAUGCGCAAGUUCCGCAGCGAAGGCUUUCCCGACGACAGGGAGAUCGCCUGGUUACGCAGCGGCUUCCACGCGGUUUGGAGAGAACAUCCAGACCUCGUCGAUCGCCGGCCUCCUUCAGAGGAGCAUGACGAGGACGAGCACUCAGGCGAGCCUGAGACCGAUGGCGACCCCGCACCCUUGGGCAUGUCCAAGACCAUGUCUGCUCCGGGCUCCGCUCGCGUGCUCCGCGCAAAGCACCUACCCAAGGCUGCUUUCACCUCUGCUUCCACGAUCCCCUUCCGCCCAAAGGUAAGCUUUCAAUCCUGUUUAUACUCACUGAUGGCAGCAUGCCUAAGUGGGAUCUGGUACAGGGUAUACAGCCUCCUCCCAACACUGCCGCUUCAGCUGCGCCAUUCCAAGUCGUCCCUCCUACGCCUGCCGUAGCUCGAGAGAAUCCGUUUUCAGCAUCCGGAUCUUCGGCUCUGCCUCUCGCGACGUCUGUGGUGACGGUACCACCUCCGCUUGCAGGCGCAUCAAUGUCCGGGCCACCCCCCUCUGGCAGGUCGUCAGGCAGGGCAGAGUUUUCUCUCCGUCUACCACCUGGUUCUGUUCGACCGAGGCACGGAGGCGCGGCAGGCACGAUGAAGGCCCCCAGCGGUCCUCUGUACAGUAUGCCCACGCUCUCACCACAACGUACAUCGCUGGGCGCGUAUAGGGAGUCGAGCUUCUCGUUACCGGGCAGACAGGUCGCCUUUAACCCGUUCUUCGAUACGAUCAGGCAAAACCUAGAGCUCGGGAGCAGGGAUGCGAAGAACCCGAAUGGUGAGGGCAUUCCGCUCAAAUUGCCGAGGCGGGUACGACGAAGGGUCGGUGAGCUUCCGUUCGAGUGGCUCCGGCAAAUCGCGCGGAAGAGCCGGCAUGUCACGGAGAGUAGCAGCACGGAUGAUGGCGACAUCGGGAGCGAUAGCGGCAGCCCUAGCAGCGACCCCAUGGUGAGGCCUGUGUCGGAACAGCCCCCAUUGUCGAGCAUGCCUCCCCCGCCUCUACCCUCACGAGUUCCCGAGUCAACGAUGGCGCAUCGCUCACCGCAAGGCUCCCCGCUCUCAUCGCCCUCUCCGCCCCUCCCUGAGCAUCCCGGCCGCACUGCCCGUCGCUCAUCCAUGGGCAGUCACCGGUCGUCGUCUUCAGACCACUCGCACUCGCCGUCCGACGCGGACGACCUGACGCGCGCGCUUGAGGGCCAGUUCUAUCAGAUCGAGCUGAGCGAGCAGAAGAGGUUAUUGGGGGUGAUGGAGAGGCACAGUGCUGAGAGUGGGAAGGUUAUUCAAGAGGGGUCUGGCGUGAGGGGAGUCGCUGGCAUCCCGCCUGUGAGUGGAAGUGAGAGUGAAGCUGGAAAAGGUAUGGGCCCAGGGGCUGAGCAGGACGGCCAGAGUGCGGCAGCUGCGGCUGCGGUGGGCGAGGAUGCGGUUGCGAGCUUCCCGUUCAGCAUCACUGCGGGGCUAGAGAAGGGAUCGAAGAACAGGUAUCGCAAUAUCUGGCCGUUCGAGCACGCGCGUGUGAGGUUACGGAAGGCGAAGCCGGACGACGAUGACUAUAUGAACGCGAGCUACGUGCAGCCGCUCGGAACGACGAAGCGGUACAUCGCGACACAGGGUCCGCUGCCCACCACGUUUAUCGACUUCUGGACCCUGUGCUGGGAACAGAAUGUUCAUGUUAUCGUGAUGCUCACACGGGAGAUCGAAGGCUCGUCAGUCAAGUGCGGCAAGUACUGGGAAGAAGGCACGUACGGCCCCUUACGCCUGAAGCUCAUCGAGACAAACGAUACGCCCGAGCGCGAGCGCAAGCGCCAGCAGAGCGAGAUCGGCGGCGGGUUCUUCAGCCAGCACGUCCAGCAGCAGGUGAAGCCGAAGCCGAAGCGUAAGGUCAAACAUAAUUCCAUGGGAAGGCGCGAUGACGGCGACGUCGAGAUGAAGGAGAGGGACGACGAGGACGACGAGUCGACGAUCAAGCGUGUCUUCGAACUCACCAACACCGCGUACCCGCUGGCGUCUCCCCGCAUUGUCACACAGUUCCAGUAUCUCGAUUGGCCUGAUCUCAACGUUCCGGACGACCCGCGUGGUGUGCUACACUUGAUGCACCGCGUAGACGAGGCCGUUGAAGCGUCGCGGAGGGCGGACCAAGGUCCGUGGGGUGAGGGCCCGCUCUACCGUACAGACGCACCGCUGCAUGGCAACACAGUCGUUACGGCCAAAUCCGCUUCUGUGGAUGCGAUCGACCCGAUCACGGGCAUUUCGAUGCUUGCAAAGGACAACCCACCCGUGCUCCUGCACUGUUCUGCGGGUGUCGGAAGGACGGGCGGGUUCAUCGCCGUCGACGCGGUCCUCGAUGGCGUCCGGCGCGAGAUGCGCAAGAGAAAGGAGGGCUUCGUUCAGGACACUGCCGCGGCGCAGGCGGCAUCCGAAUAUGGGCCGGAACGGUCGAGAUCGGGGAGCGGGCGGAGCAGGAGCCACAGCCACAGCCAGUCGAGAAGCCGGGACAUGAGCGUCGUGAGCCCCACCCCCGAGCGCGAGGUGGAGCAGAAUGAGGCGAUGGAGGUAGAUCCGUCUCUGCUGGGGUUGGGAUCCGAGACGAAGCAACUGACAAUGCCCGUUUCGGUUGGCGGUCGUGAGGUGCAUGUGCCAGUUGCGGGUUUUGCGGCCUCGGUCCCUAUGGAGGUCGACGAACAACAACGCGAAGAUGAGCAGACGCAAUCGCCAACGGCCGCUGAUAAGCAAACGACCUCCGUUCCUCCCCCGUUGCUCAAGGCGUCCCCGGAUCUUGUCGAGGAAGUCCGGCGCGCGGCCAUUACCGCGUUGACAGCAACAUCGAUGGAUAGUCCGUAUGCGUUGACCGCGAACCAGCGAAUGGGGUCAGCACGCCCAGUCCUAAUGGGCGGUCGGUCAGAGGUCAGCUCCGACUCGCAUUUUACGCAUGCGGGCUCGCAUGGGACGCUGUGGCCACGUUCGCUGCACUCGAGCAGCACUCCGUCCACGAACGCGAGCCAGACGGACACCUCGACGAACUCGAUGGUCGGCCAGACGGCGAAGCUGUCCAUGUCGACUCCCUCCCCGCCCCCGUCUGGCCCAUCUGGGGAGGCUACGUCGCUCUCGGGCUCCGCUUCCGCGUUCCCUACUGCUGCCAACCUGAGGCUCCGUGCGACUUCCCUUGGGUCGGAGGCGUCCCCGAAGCAAACUGGGGAGCUCCCUCCGCCAACGAAGCCUUCGAAGGCUGCCCACUCGUACCGGCUUGAUACUUGGCGGUCCGAAGUGCAGUCGUCGGCGGACUCCUCGUCGCGCAAGUCGGGAGGAGUCGUUCCUUCCCUGGCCGCUCAGUCUCGGUCUAACGCUGACAAGGUCGAGGUGGGCGACGCGAGCAGCGGUGAGGAGACGGCACAUUCCGGCUCGCCCUCGCCCCCGCUGAAGGAACCGCGGAAGCUUCACGAUGAUACGUCGCCUCCACUGCUGUCGUCGUACGACGAACCGAUUCGGAAGGUCGUCGAGGAUAUGCGGGAGCAGAGGAUGAGCCUAUGCCAGAGUCUGAGGCAGUAUGUGUUUGUCCAUCGGGCGAUCAUCGAGGGCGCGCUCAUGAUCGUGGAUGAGGAGAAGAGAAGGAAGAAAGCCGAGGACGCGAAACGGCGGGCGAGUGCCGCAGGGGUUCGCGGCGGUGAGGGCGAACCGCGGGCCACUCAAGUCACCAGCAGCGAAGGCGCUCCUGGCGUCUCUUCGCCGUUAGCCUCACCAACAUCCGCGCAAUCGGCACCCGGUGCACGGGCGACGAACGUUCCUCAGGCCCUCCGGCUGGGCUCGUCGUUUUCCCCAUCGUCUUCUGACGAUCUCAGUAGUCGCGGCGGCGAACUUCCUCGGAAGCGUAGCGCCCCCGACUCGAGCUUGGACGAUCACGUCGAGGCGCUGACGUCGAUGUCGAUGUCGACAUCGAUGCCCGAGCUUGAGGUCGACACGACGAACAUGGCCCUUGGGCUCUCAUCCCCCGGCAGGGCCAAGCGCGGCGCGAGCCCGACGGAGCUGUUGAUGGAGGGUCUUGACGGGGGCUUACUGCUCACGAAGAGACCGAGCCUGAAGAGACACGGGAGGCAGAGAACGGGCGACGCGGAAAUGUUCCAGUCCAUGGGUGCAAUGAUGGCGGGCUCUCCGCCGUAUGCGCCUCCGUCAUGAGGAAUCUUUCCUGCUCCUUCGGUGUUUACUGCUGGGAUGGACGCUCCGUCUAUCGACAGCCCAAGUCUCGCCGCACCGUCACGUUAAUUUCGGCUCAUUGUCUGCUUGUCCGUGUCCGUUGAUCUCGCCGUCGCUGUUGCCCUGUUGUUAUCCAGAUUAUGCUUCGUUGUCCAUGUUAUUUUGUACGUCGUGUCACCUUAUCACCUCGCUCAAGCACGGAAUCUUGUAUCACCACCCUUUGUGCCUUCUCUCGCAUGCUCAUUAGUUCAUGUAUCCGCACCUCCCCUUUUUUCCACUCCAGUGCUACGGCCAUUGAGUCCGUAUCUUGUUUAUCAUACGAGCAUUUCCUCACAAUAGUAGUAUACAGUUUCCACCACUGGGAUCUCCCACCACGCAGGAAGCACUUGUUUGACUCAUCAUCCGCAUUCACAGCCCAUCACUCAUGACGUCCGUAACAUAUCCGUCUGUACAUGCAUAUCGCUCUACCACUCGCAUAGCCUCUCGAUUACUCACGCCUUGCCGCGUUUGCGCGUGGUCAGACGUCUUCAUGCUUUUAUCCAUUGAGAUUUUGGCUUGCUCAGAUACUCAGCUCUGUAGAACUCCCUCGGACGCAUCGCGUGGUGUACUCAAACGCAAUUGUUCGCGUAGUGUAUCUGUGUAAUC